AUGAACAAGAAGUAUUAUUUAGGUUUUGAUACAAUUCCAGCGGUAUUUAACUCUAACAUUCUCGCACAUUCUUUAGGAUGCAACUUAAAUCAUAAAGACCGAGAUGGCCGAACGGCUCUCUGUGUAGCCGCCCUUUGUCAGCCUUCUUCAGCCCGACAUGUUGCAGCUGUCGCCUGCCUGCUGAACCAUGGUGCCGACGUUCGCCUCCAGGAUAAUGAGGGAAUUUCGCCUCUACUUGGGUCGUCACAUGUUGGGCUUCACGAGAUGUGCGAACUGUGUCUAGAUGCCGAUGCACUUAUUGACCAGCCUGAUAAGUGA